UUCAGCCUGCUCAGGCUACGAUUCUUCCCGUGACUUGCUCUGAUCGACCACAUCUAUUCUGAGGUCAAUUUCUUCUUCGAUCAUUUUCCAAUUUUCCCUUCGCCAUUGUUGCCCUUCCUUGUUCUUCAGAGAGUGAAUAAGAGAAAACCCUUUAGAAAGGUGUGAAAGAUUUGAGAAGGCGAAAGUGGGUCUGGACUUUGUGUGGUAAGUAUUGGGGUAAAGUAAAGUUGGUUCCGAUUGGAAUUUCGGUUUGCUAGUUUGAGAGAGAAUAGUUUCCGGUAUCAUUUCGAUCAGCUUUUAUCUAUAAUCACUGGAGAGGGAUUCAUUCAUGGCUUCGUUGUCCAAGGAUGAUGAAGACCUAUUUUCCUUCGCAAGCCAAUUAUCUCCACUUGAUUUGAGUGGAAGUGAGUAUGUUCCAUCGGGGUGGCAAGAUGAAUUGCUUUUAACAGAUGAUACUUUCCUUGGAGAUGGAUUUGGUGUUGGGAUUGAUGGAGAAGAGGGUAUGUCCAACAAUAUUAAUACCACUUCUUGCAAUACUGAAGAUAGAAGUGGUAUUGCUAGUUCUUCUUCAAAACCAUCGAAAGCCAAAAUGAUGUCCCAAGAAACCAUAUCCGAAUACUUUUACAUGCCGAUAACUCGAGCAGCUGAAGAAAUGAAUGUCUCUGUAACAACUCUUAAGAAAAGGUGUCGAGAGUUGGGUAUUCAUCGUUGGCCUUGCCGAAAGUUGAACAGCGUAAAGAACCUAGAAGAAAGCAUUCAGGAGUUUGGGAAGAAUGAAGGAGAGCUGGAGUUUUUGGAGAAAGAGAGGAAAAUGAUUGAGCAAGUUCCCGAUUUGCAACUCGAGGAAAAGACGAAGCGGCUCAGGUGCCGAAAUGCUAAGUUCGUCACUAAAAUGGGUGUGGGUGACGAAAUAAAUUUGUCACCCAAUCUUUGA